CGCGGGGGCGAGGGGGCGGCGCGCUGGGAUCCGCCGGGGCCCGCCCGCCGUCCCGCCGUGGGAUCCGCCCGCCGCUUCCCAUCGUGUCCCGCUGCUUGCCGCCGUGUCCCGCCGUAGCCGCGCGCGACCAUGUCCAAGUCCCUGAAGAAGAUCGUGGAGGAGAGCAGGGAGAAGAACCAGCCCGAGGUGGACAUGUGCGACCGCGGCAUCUCCAGCAUGCUGGACGUGCCCGGCCUGUUUACGCUGUCUCACAUCACACAGCUGGUUCUGAGUCACAACAAGCUUACAACUGUGCCAGCAAACAUCGCAGACCUGAGAAACAUAGAAGUGCUCAACUUUUUCAACAACCAGAUUGAGGAGCUGCCUACACAGAUAAGCAGCCUUCAGAAGCUCAAACACCUGAACCUUGGCAUGAACAGGUUAAACACCUUGCCAAGGGGAUUUGGCUCUCUACCAGCACUAGAAGUUCUUGACUUGACUUACAACAACUUAAAUGAAAAUUCCCUACCAGGAAACUUCUUCUAUCUGACCACCCUUCGUGCACUCUAUCUAAGUGACAACGAUUUUGAAAUGCUGCCGCCAGAUAUUGGGAAGCUCACAAAGUUGCAGAUACUGAGUCUUAGAGACAAUGACCUGGUAUCACUGCCUAAAGAAAUCGGUGAGCUCACCCAGCUUAAGGAACUGCAUAUCCAGGGAAAUCGUCUCACUGUGCUGCCCCCAGAACUGGGUAAUUUGGAUUUGACUGGUCAAAAGCAAGUCUUCAAAGCAGAGAACAAUCCCUGGGUUACCCCUAUUGCUGAUCAGUUCCAGCUGGGAGUAUCUCAUGUUUUUGAAUACAUUCGUUCAGAAACAUAUAAAUAUCUUUAUGGCAGACACAUGCAGGCGAACCCUGAACCUCCAAAGAAGAACAAUGACAAGUCAAAGAAGAUCAGCCGUAAACCUCUGGCAGCCAAGAACAAAUAAGUGCCUGGCUUCUGCCUCUGUUUUACAUCUGUUGCAUUGGUUUUGCUUGUGCCUACAAUAUUUCUACAUAUCUCUUAUUACGUUUAAGAAAGCAGGGAUUACAAUUAAAGGCAGUUUACUGUGUAUAAUGCUUUAGAAGAUACUGCUAGAGGGAAACAAAAUUACAAAAUUACAUAUGCUCCUAACUAUGGUCACGUUUAUGUAGCCAUUUAAUAUAUCACUGUCAAACAUAUUUUAGCUUUUCUAUUUAUAUGUAUAUUAACAUCCUCUCUUCACAUGUGUCACAUCCUGUUAAUAUAGGGGAUUUUGCACUUAUAUUAUACGAUAUUAAAUUUCAUAGCAUAUUCCAAGUGAUUUUAAUAAAACUCUUCAUUUGUAUUGCUGUUUAGUUUCUUCAGUAGGACUUCUGAAUAGGAAAUUCCUUGAGGAAUGUAUGUGUGUCCAGUUUCCUGUAAUAUGGUGUAUUCU